AUGGCAUACCAUACCAAUAUUGCUCAAUUUGGAAGAUAUGGCGACCUCAGAGAUUCGCCGUUUGGCCCCGGGGCCGGCGACCCAAUUUCAUUCCCUUCGCGAAGGAUAGCUUCUCCGCAAAAGGACCAGCUUUCCCAAAAGCAUCCGGAAACAGCUUUCUCUGAGCGGCCCGAAUUCUCUGAUGCCUGGAGCUUUUAUUCUAAGAGCAAUAGAUUGUCUUUAUCUCCUUUGUCCUAUGAUCAAUAUUCUCAUCCACCGCCACAUUUAAUGCCCCGGCCAAUUGCGCAACAACUGGCGCAAGCACCAACCAGUAGCGCCUGGGAAAUGCCCGUUCCAACCCACAAUGAUAAUCGCGCCCCAAAGUCGCUCAUUCCAGGAGAGGCAAGCUUAUUUCCAGAGCGAUUGAGGCGACGAGCUACGGAUACCACCAGAAGCUCGGGACGGUACCAUUCACAACGGCGACCAGGCAACCGGGAUGAAUUUGACGGACCAACCCAGUUGCUGGAAAUGCCAUCUCCCAUAACUGUGGAAACCCAGGAGGAAGACCUUCCUCCUUUGCCUACUACCUUGGAUAUGCAAGAACAAGAGCAAAUCCUUUGUGAUGUUAAUGAUCGUUUAUCCAGAUGUGCCUUCGAUUUUGUUGCGAAAUACCAGUUUCCUAUUCCCGUGGAAUCAGACAAAAAGCACGUCAACGGCCCACAAGACCGCGAAUGGACUGAAUGGGUUUAUCUUUUGAAAAGGCUCGCCACCAAGCGGCGGAUCCCAGCCAGGGUGCUUUAUAAUGGCCAAAUCAAGCAGUUUAUCACGGUGUUAGAGAAUGCCUUGGAAACACGCCACGUGGUCAAAAACCAAAGCCGUCCUCUAAAAGAUGAUCGAAAUGUUCUUCAGUUUAUUUCCGCAGGGACACAGGUUGCGAAGAUUCUCAAAGAUGCUCCAGCCAUGGAAUACUUUGAUUGGUUAUAUGUCCAAACGGAGAAAUACAUCCACGAACGGCGAAUGCAUCGGGGGAAAGCCGUCUUUGAUAAUGCCCGCUAG